AUGUCAACAUCAUCGUCUGACAUUCUACUGAUCGCUUAUUUAAAAAGUCUUCUUUCUCAAAUCAAUUUUUAUUUUGGUAUGUUUAUUUUUAUUUUUGGUAUUGUUGGUAAUAUUCUCAAUAUUCUGGUAUUAUCUCAACGAUCUCUUCGUUCAAAUCCAUGUGUAAUAAUCUUUCUUGGAUCUUCAACUGUUGGUAUCAUUGCAAUACUAUCUGGUCUUACUUCUCGAGUAUUGUCUGGUGUAACAAUUGAUUUAUCAGCAACAGUUAAUUGGAUUUGUAAACUUCGUGGUUUUAUUUUAUUUACAUCACGAGCAAUUACUUUUUGGUUGAUUAUGUUUGCUACUAUUGAUCGAUGGCUUUUAUCAUGUAUUGAUGUUAAUCGUCGACAUAUAAGUUCAAUAAAAAAUUCAUUACGAGGCAUCAUUAUUAUUACAAUUGUAUCAAUUCUUAUACAUUCUCAACUUUUUUAUUGUUAUGAAGCUAAUCUUAUUGGUACACCUUUAAAAUGUUUUACAAGAAAUGUUGAAUGUCGAUUAAUUAAUGAUUUAACAUUUGCAAUUAUUGCUAUUCUUUGUCCUUUAAUGUUUAUUUCAAUUUUUGGUUGGAUGACUAUUUUAAAUAUGCGUCAAACUCGAAAUCGUGUUGAAGCUAUGACUAUAGCUACUAUGAGUUUUUCGAGAAAGACGGGUAACAUUCAGAGACGAUCGAAGAAAACAGAUCAACGUUUACUUGUAAUUCUUUAUGUCCAAGUCAUUUUUUUUGGUUUAUUUACUCUACCACUUGCAAUUCAAAAACUUUAUGCAACAUUAACAAUGAAUAUUCAAAAAUCUGCAGUACAAAUAACAAUUGAAGAUUUUAUCUAUCAAGUUGCUUUAAUUUCUACUUAUUUUGCAAUUGGAAUGCCAUUCUAUGUUAAUACUCUUAUUGGUGGAAGUGUUUUUAGAAAAGCUGCAUGGACUCUAAUGAAACUAAUUAUUCGAAAAGUUAUGUGA